AAAUUUUGAACACUGCAUGAAACAAUUGUAACGGAUACUUCCUUCGUUAUCGUUAUCAAAAACAAAACCCUACUUCUACAUGUUUCUCUAACAUCGCCAUCUUCUAAGCUUCAUAAAAUUACGUUCUCAACCGGCUAUUUUCAUUUUUCAUCACGUCUGAUUCAAUCAUUAUCCUGAUAAUCGAAGAAAAUGGAUUUGGGCUGCUUGGAUUUGGGUUGUAUUGAAAAGCAAACCAGUCAAAGCUCAGUUGAUUCAGAUAUAAACCCUAAUGAUUCUUUGCCCUCAAGUUCGAAGCCUCCAAAGUCAAAGAAAAUGGAUUUCGGCUGCUUGGAUUUGGGUUGUAUUGAAAAGGAAAUCAGUCAAAGCUCUGUUGAUUCAGAGAUAAACUCUAAUCGCUCUUGUCCCUCAACUUCGAAGCCUAUAAAGAACAAGAUAAAGAAAGAUCCAAAUCAGCCAAGCCCACGUCCUCUUAACAAACUGGCAUCUCAGAUUAAAAAGCCUACUCGUAGAAAAACUUCACCUCUCAGCUGGUUUCCACGCAAGAAAGUGGAUUCCUACCUAACAAGAAAAUUAAAAUUACUUCAGGAAGUAGAUGGCAUGAACUCAACUCUUGAUGAAACUCUUGGUGACACAAAUCCCCAUUUCUCAAAAGUCCUCAGAGAAAAAAUAGCAGUUAAAGAAGCUGCUCAUAGAGCAAUAGAGGCCCGAAAAGCUGCACUUGUUGAAGCAUCCUGGUGUCGAAUACUUCAUGCAGCAAGAAUUGAGAGUAAAGAAGCAGAAUCUCUUCUGGCAAAAGCAGAAGAAACUGCAACUGAAGCUUUUGAAUCUGCAAAAGAAAUCGGAGUCAUCAUGUAUGACAUACCAGAUUGCUCAACAAAGCUUUACAAAAUAGAAAAAUCAUCCGAAAGUGGACAACAUACAGUGACAACAUCUUUUGACACUGCAUUUGAGGUUGAUAAACAAGUGGCAGCUGCCUUGAAAGCUGCAUUUGUCAGACUCUCAAGUUGUGCAUCCAUAGGUGAAGCAGAGUUUAAAGAACUACUGAAAAGAAUAAGUCAAAACCCUGAUUUAGAUGAAAAGAAUCAAGAUUUAUGUGAAGAACCCACUCCAGAUUGUGAAUCAGAAUCUCAAAAAAAUGAGAUGGAAUUGAGUAAGGAAAAAGAAAAGGAAUCUCUUGUGGACAUGAUGUUGGAAAGACUAAAAAGUUUAAAGGAAGAAGAACUUGCCUCUCUUGCCACCAUUGUUGCAACAUGUGGACUCAAUGCCGCCCUAGCUGAAGCCCAAAAUGGUGGUGGUGGUAAAGCAAGCAGGAAGCAACACGAAGAAGAGCUUCCAGGGCUUGAUAAGUUUCUAGUCAAACGUUUGACCAAACUUGAAAAAGAGAUACAAGAUGCAAAAAAUGCUAAAAAUGGUAGAACCAAAGUGGAAAAAGUAGAUGAUACUCAAGAAGGGAAGACAAGUACAGAAAGAGGGUUGGAAGGAGUUUUGGUGAAACAUUAUUCGAAAUUGGAAAAGGAGAUUCAAGAGGCUAAAAAGAACAAUUUUGAUAAAAACAAGAAGGAUUUGAAAAAGGUUGAGGUUGAGGUUGUUCCUGAGUUGGGAAGUAUGCUAAUGAAGCAUACUUCAAAGCUUGUGAAAGAGAUGGAGGAGGCUAAGAGAAAAUGUGGGAGUGAAUACGAAUAUGAGCCAAAGGUGAAAAGAUCUGAAAGGUUGAAACAAGAGAUGAAGGAAACACCGAGUCUUGGUGAGGUUUUGGUGAAACGUGUGUCGAGACUUGAGAGGGAGGUUCUAGAAGCAAAGAAGGAAAAGGAAAAUGUUAAUGGGAAUAAAGAGAGAGUGAAAGAGAAGGAAGAUAAUGGUGUUGAGAGUUUGGAGAAGAUUUUGGUGAAGCCCAAGUUGAGAGUGGAGAGGGUGAAAGUGGUUGUUGGUGGUUUGGAGGAAUCUGGUGAGCAGAUAAAGAACCCGUUGGUGGCUAAACGGGAAGCAAGGGAGAGAGAGUUGGAAGCGGCGUGGGGAGGUAUGAGUUUUGGGAACUCUAUACGCCCAGGUCUCUCUCGGCUUCAAAGAGAGAAGGCUGCGUGGAUUAAAAAAGCGGAAGAAGAGGAAAAGGGAGAGAUUGAGGGGCCAAGAUUGGUAUAAGGUAACAAUGAAUUUGUAAAGUGUGUUGAUGAUUUCAUGUAAAGUGUCAAUGAACAAUAUUUUUUGGUGAAUGAAAGGCAAAGCUUUCUUUAUUUCUUUCUUCACUAAUAAGUUCAAG